AUGCGCUACUUCCAGUUGUUCGUCGCCCUUUGGGCUCUUCUUCUGACUUCUGUGUGGUCCCAAGAGUCGCCGAUCUGGGUUCAAGGUGGCUUGGAAGAUGCCACUGUCACAGAUGCUACCUUCAACUCCGGUGGAUCCAUCGUGGUCAACGGUUUUACGAUGAACGUUCCCAAGAAUCUCCUUGUGCAGUUCCCUGCUGCCUGGGUUCCUUGGAAGGAGUUUGUCGCUAACAAAGCUGACUUUGCUGGCUACGAAACUUUGGUCAUUGGAAACAGUAUCAACGGAGAACCCCGCGUUGCGCAAGUUCAGCUAUACGAAUUCUUUGAGGGCCUCAGCAGCGGUUGGGUUGAGUCAGUUGACUUCGCAGAUGGAAGUCUCAAAAUUCAGAAUGGGCCAACCCUUAGAAUCUCUGACCCGAACGCUGUCUUCUCCAAGGGCUUCACCGGUGCACCUCUCAUGACCGCUGAUGACCAGAGUCCCAGUAUCACUUCCUUCUCUGGAUUCCCAAUGUGUAUCCCCAGGAAUGAUACUGACCCGCUUUGCCCUCUCACCAACCGUCCAUUCACUGGUCCUGGCGUUUUCACUGCCCCUGAUCCUCUUGUCAUGGCGCCUUUCCAGGCUGGUGACUUCAUCACGUUUUCCGGUUUCCGCCAUGGAAGCGAGGUGAUUGCUUUCAGCAUUGUAGCACAGAAUGUGCAAAUCAACACUCUUGGUGACAUUGUCUAUGUCCGGAUGGAACUGGGUCUUCUUGGAAUUGACAACCCCAACCCCAACGCUGAAAUCGCGGAGUCACGGUUCAUCGGUUUCGUUUCGAACAACCGUGCAACGGUCUCGCUCUACGCCAUGGAUGUCGAUCCCUGCACAGGCACCACGUCUGACCGGAUCAUCGCCUCCAUGGGCCUCCGCGGGGGCCGCAAUGCACAGAACAAGUUUGAGUACCGCAACAACAUUCUCUUCAGGUACACUCGGGAGUACCGAGUCACUGCUGAGAUCGACGGCGUUAGCAAGACUCGAGUCACCAAGAACGGGAUCACAGCCGGCACAUACGUGCAACCUGUCAACGUCUGGGUCCCCGGCGAGCAGGACGUCCCGGGAGUUCCUCCGGUGUCUUACGAUUUCUCUCAGAUGGAGUUCUUGACCAAGGGCGUUGGCGCCGAUGAUGCAGGCAACGUUUGGGGCCCCCUGGAGCCAUUCCCCCAGACCGGCGUCUUCAUCGAACCUCCUGUGUGUGCCGCUCCUCCCGCGGCCCUUGCUGUCCGGAGCCCGAAGAUGCAGAAGCGGGGUCAGAUCGGCCGUUGGUACGGCCGAGCUCGUGCCGAUGCCAUUUCUCAGGCCGAGAACGUCGACACUACGGAACCGGUCAUCGUUGUUGCUCCUGAGGAAGCUGCAGCAAUUGCUGAGAAGAAGAAGGAAGAAUCUGAUGAAUCGGCCUGA